UCAGUAAUGAGCUCUACUGCUUGCAAGUGCUGACAGAUCAAGGCUACAAAUUUCAAUUACAAGCUCUAAUGUGUGUCCUGCGCGCUCUGUAACCCGUGUCAGUCCUUCCUGGCCCGCCAGACGAGGCAGAUCUUGCAACAAGAAAGGGGGGAGUGAAGGGAAGAAGCAGCACAAGUUAUCCAAGUGCUGGGAGAGAUUUAUUAUUUUUGAGGAGAGUGGGACAGAACAUUAGGGGAUUCCAUGGAUUCUCACAGAGCUGGAUUCUGAUCCCUGACCAGUUGUCAAAGGUUGUCUAUGCUAAACCUAGAGCUUUGCUCUCUAGAGGGUGGCUGUGUUCAGGGCUGGCUGUGGGAUUCAGACUGGGAGUAGAGGAGAACCGUCGGCUGAGCACACAGAGGAGGCAUGGCAGACAAGAGAAGGUCCCCCUGCACCAUGAGUCUCAAGGCUCACGCUUUCUCGGUGGAGGCUCUCAUUGGGGCUGAGAAGCAGCAGCAGAAAAAGAAACGCAGGAAGCUGGAGGAUGGAUCCGGGGAGAGGGGCUUGACGGAGGGAUCUGAUCUGCCCCCUGGACAACUACAGCCAUCUGGUGCCACCGAGCUGGAUCACUCUGUGUGCAACUUGCUUGGGUCCUGUAAGUUUCCUUCUAUACCUUAUAGAAUGGCUAAAAAACUGUGACAGGGGCCACCUCUGAUAGUGUACUGUAAUGCCUAUGACUGUGUUAAAAGAACAAUAUGGGGGGUGGGGGUUCGUUAAGUAGAGAGAGUAAUUAUGGAACAAAGUUCUAGAACUUGGACCCAGACUUACUCUUAAUACAUAGCCUUAACGUUCUAAAAGUGGAGCAGUCACCAUGGAAACCAUUCGAAUGUUUCCACUCAGUGCUCCACUUUUAGAACGUUGCCCCAAAUCGCAAUUUCCUAUAAAUUAUGUUUAUAUAUAAAUCAUCUCAUAUGGCAUAAUGAUAAUACAGUUUUGUUCUUGUUUUUUUAAGUUUGGCUUUGUAGUUACAGUUUAAAAAUAUAUAUAUAGUUUAAUUGGUCACUCUUUUGAUAGUGAGUGUUAUAUAGCUUUGGUAACACAUGCAAUCCUUAAAUGUUUGUCAUUUCUCUGAGUUUGUCAGUGGCUCAGUAUAUUCAUAGUGCAAGUUGGUAGGUAACCAGAGAAGUUUCUGUGACCUUAGAGGUCCCUGUCAGAUGAAACCUGAUUUUCCUUCGAUCUAUCCUUAAUGUCCGGCUUGGACUAAUUAUUCAGUGUAUUACACGUUUUCAACAUUUGUUAACAAGAUGUGACCUUGUCAAGAGAACAACAUUUGAUUUUCAGCCACAUUAUUACAACUGCAAUUAAUUUCCCCCUCUCCAGAUUUAAUUUAGUAUUAAUUGCUCUUUUUUUAUCAGUCUUAUAUUCAGAGAGUUAACACUGAAAAUUGAUUCGAAUAAGAUAUGAAUCUAUAUAUCGGAAUAGCACAAAGAUAGAUAAAUAAACGUUUGAUUUCGAUUCGGUUUCUUUGUUUUUGUGUACUCUUCCGGGUUGGACAGAUUUAAUGGAAACUCUGAUUUGUUGUUUUGGAUUAUGAAAUCUGUUUGCUUCAAUACUCAUCAGGAUUUAAAGCUCGAAAUAUAACUCUUUGGACCGGUCCUUGGCGAUAAUGUCGAUAAAUAAUUGCAUUAAUAUUUUAUUUUGUAAAAUAAUUGAGAAUUAAGUAGAUUAAAUAUUAACAUUGAAGAGAUGAAUAUCAACAAAACGAAGGAUUCCAUCUGCAAUCAUUUCUCUUCAUUAAUCUUUAGUUAAAUAUUUACUUGGAUGUUCUUAAAUAGUGACAUUUAUAGUACCGUAUAUUGUGUACUGCUCUUUUUUCUUUUCGGUUUUACAUACUCAUAUAUCUAUAUCUACAUAUGAACUUGCAUGUUUUAAAUAUAAUAUUUCACUGAAAAGUCACAACAAAUAAACAUCAUUUUUUUGCAGAUUCUUGUAUUAGUCUACCGCAUUAUAUUCUGAAUAAAGCUUCACUCUCUCUCUUUCUCUCUCUCUCUCUCUCUCUCUCUCUCUCUCUCUCUCUCUCUCUCUAUCUGAAUAAAUCGAAGCUUAAUUCAGAAUAUUAUAAUAUAUAUAUAUAUAUAUAUAUAUAUAUAUAUAUAUAUAUAUAAAGCUAUAUAUAUAGAGGUAUACAAAUAUAUGUAUAUAAUAUAUUAUAUAUUUUUAUAUAUUAUAAUAUAUAUGUGUGUGUGUGUAUGUAUGUAUGUAUGUAUGUAUGUAUGUAUAUAUAUAUAUAUAUAUAUAUAUAUAUAUAUGUAUAUUAUAUCAUGUUGGUAUAUAGAAACUCAGUUUAAAAAAGCUCAAGAUGAUAUAGAACUUUAAGAAGCUGUUUGGAAUAAUGAAAUAAUGCUGCAAUUAGAAACUAAGUUUUGUGUAUACUAUUUAUGUAUCACUGUUUACAAUUGUCUUUAAAGUUGUGCGUUCAUUUCAGUUAUGAGCACUUCAGUCAAUACAUAUAGAAUAUGUUUCUUUUUUUUCCCUUAGAUCGGUAUUUUAACACAUUUUCAGUUAUACAUGUUAUUAAUCUCUCCUAUUAAAGAGUUACAUGGAUGUGUACUUUUAACAUUUGACCAAUGUAGCCUAAUAUUUUACAAUGUAGCCCAAGUAAACCUGUAAAAGAUAGAUAGAUAGAUCAACAAACAGUAAAGGUGACUCAUAAUGUAGCAAGAUUUAAAUGCAAUAUCAAUUCAUUCAAGUAAACAUAGACAUAUAUGCAGUGCAAAUGAAUUGUAAUAAUAUAUUUUCUCAUAUUUAAAAAAAGGGUUGAAAAUAAAGUAAUGAUAUAUUAACUAAGAAUAUCACAAUAUAAUUGUUCUGUAUGUCUAUCUGUCUAGCUAUCUAUGGAUUAUUCUGACCAUGUAGAGUGCUACAUUUCCAUUCAGACAGUAAGAUGAUGAAUGCAGUGCAGGUCUGUUGUAGUGUGUACUUUCUCAUGCUAUCUAUGUGUGAUGCCUGACCCCCAGCUCCCAGUGAGGAUGCCUAUGGUCCGGCGAAGGCAGCUGCUGGCACGUGUAGCUCUCCCCUGUCCUCCCCGGUGAUGGCGGCCCCCGUGGUAGCUCCUCCUGUGGCCCGCGUGGACCUGCAGGGUGCAGAGCUGUGGAAGCGCUUCCAUGAGAUUGGUACCGAGAUGAUCAUCACCAAGGCCGGGAGGUGAGGACAUUCAGCCUCUGUUACAGUGGCCAAACCAAGUGUGAGAUCAGCCAGGGACCUGCUAUCCAUCAUCAUCUUGCUGGGAUGAUUGGAAUGCUCCUGCCUGAGAAGGUUAUUGACAUCCUCUUGGGCUGGCUAUGGCCCUCACAUGCACUCCCAGUACACUUUUAUUUUUACCAUCUCAUGUAUUUUUGGACACACACUAUACAUGGUUAAUCACUAUAUUACCUCCAACUAGCCACACUAAGGUGACAAUUCCCAGGAAUUCAAAGUGAAUUCAAAAUGAAUCUGAAAAGUAAGACCAAAAUAGCCGAUUGAGAUCCAUUCUCGCAGCCAAUUCUGUAUUAAGUUUUUCUAUUUGGCCUUACAUUUCAAGUUCACUUUGAAUUCUAAGCAAUUCUCACCUUUGUGAAUAAACCUGAUAAUCUACUCAUCACGGUAUUGACUACUGGCCCAGAGCUCCAGCUAGCACAUAUUCAGCCCUCACUGGACAGCUGAUAUCAGAUUCUCAGUCAGUGUAACAAGCUGGUAAGCAUGGAGCCAUGAAAUCUGAACAGUCAUAUGAGUUCAGCACACAUGCUCAUCUGGGGGCUUAUUUAAGCACCAGCACUCCAGCCAGAGUCCUAUAGUGUUACAUUUAGAGACCUAACACUGAGCCAGGGUGUGGAAGGCCAGCAGAUGUGCCAAGUAACCUUCAGCUGGGUCUCAGUGUGCUGUGCAACUGAAAUGACCAGGCUCAGGCCUAGUGACUGAUUUACAAUAUAAUCACCCUGUAAACCUGUAACAUUAGCACCCACAAAGUGUGAAGGCAAAAUACAGUUCAUUGAGUAUUAUCUUGCCUCACUUGACAAGAGAAUGGGACAAAGUGAUAAAAAAAGGAAACAAUCACCAAAGAAAACAGCUCAUUGCUCCAUGUUUAACAGUUUGUCCCAGAAUAUGAUAUAAGUUAAAACAUGUCCUUGGGAUAGGCAUCAAACUGCAAAGGAGGGAAAAUAGACAAUUAGAAAAAAUGGCUAAUUUAGCAUUUCAUGUCAUCUGGACUAUAGACCUCCAUCUCAGCUAAACUGGAGGUUUAUCCCAAUUUUGAUAUUCUGCCCUAGAAUACCAUUGGCAAUUCUCUACAAGUCAGUGUUUAGUGAGUGCACCCCAGAGAGACACUAAAUUAACCAUAUUUCGCUGGUGAAAGUGAAUAAUUGGUGGUUACAAUGUGUACUGUUAUUCUUAAACUCAUUUAAGGAGGUUCACAUAGAGAUUAGCAUCCAUUAAGGCAAGGAGGACUGAGUCACACACCUACAGAGUUAUGAAGUGUGUAGGAGAGAAAUGCACUCCAGCAGUCCCAAACCCAGCCUUCUCCAGAGUUACUGCUUCAUAAACUGAGAGAUGCUUGAAUUCAGUCAUUUUCUUAGAGGACAUGGUUCAAAGGCAGAUGUGUAGGGGAAAAAAUAAAAUAAAACAAAAAUCCCUGGAAAUUAUACAAGUAACUCAGCUUAUUAAAUAUUGCAAAAACACAUUUUAUGAAAUCCAUAUGUUAGCGUCUAGAAUUCAGAAGGUGGGGAGCAAUGAUCUAAAUGUUGUGUUCUAACUAGCACAAUGCUGUGCUUGUCCAGGGUUCUUACUGCCAAACACUCUAUGAUACAGGUGCACAGAAAACACCCAUAGACAAAUACCAAGAACAUAUUCCUGGCUGCCAUCAGUCUGUACUGUUUACCAUUCACUAUGGAUUCAGAUCAUUAAAACCUGGGGGCAAAUGAGACACAUUAUGUCUUGAUUGAGUUAUGAUGUAGAAUUGAUGAAGUAUUAGUUUAACCAUUUUGUGACAUAAGGGAUGGACAAAAAAAUUAGGAGAAUCUCAUCCUGUAGCUCAGAAAACAUAUUUUAAUUAAUAAGUGAAAGCACAGGGUAUGUUCACUAAACAGUAAUUUGUGAUAAGAAGCAAAUGACUCGAAAAAAAAUAGAAAAAAAGAAAUAACCGAACUGGCUUCUUUAUAUUGAGCAAAAAAAAAACAUUAAAAAAAAAGUUUUUUGUUGUAUUUAAAAAAAUUUUUAAGACCGAUCUUUUGGUCAAAAUAUCGCAAGCGUACAGCCAUCUCACUUUGGUAGACAGAUAGACCCCAGAAGGUACAUAUCCGGUAUCAAAAAUGAUUUCUAAAUUUACUUUAAAUUCAAUUUAUUUAAAUCCAUAAUUUGUUAGUGUCAUUCCAACUGACAAGCAACAUGUAACCAUAAUUUGUAUUUAUAUUGAAUAAGUUUAACAUAAUAAAUAAUGAUACAUAGGAUGUCUGAACAUGAUAUACAGUAAGAUAUAUGGUAAGAAGGUCUAAUCAUAAGAUAUAAAUCUACAUGGAUAUAAAUGCUCUGACAGUUAAAUAUUACACAAUAGAUCUAACCAUAACAUAUAACUAUAAAUGAUAUAUGAUAUAUCUAACCAUCAUAUAUAAAUAUAGUAUACACGUUGUAUAUAAUAGAGUUAACAAUGAUAUACAAAUAUAAUUUGUCUAACCAUUAAUAUAAACUCGCUGACAAUAAGGACAGUAAAAUAAUCUUCUUUUAUUAUUGUGAAAAUAAAUACAAUUGUGUCCAAUGUGCAUUCAGGUUUUUUUUUUGUUUUUUUUUUAACAAAUAGUAUGCUGACAGAUGAUUAUUUUAUUAUUAUUAUUAUUAUUAUUAUUAUUAUUAUUAUUAUUAUUCUAUAAUGGGUGUUUGUUGCAGGAGGAUGUUCCCAGCCAUGAGAGUGAAGAUCUCUGGGUUGGAUUCACAUCAGCAAUAUUAUAUCGCCAUGGAUAUCGUACCGGUGGAUAAUAAGCGAUAUCGGUAUGUACCAUCAUACCCUUUCAAUUGUCCUCACUUGCACCCGCAUCUAUUUUUCCUCUUUCUUUCAUUGAUUAUUUCUUUCUUUCUUUCUUUUUCUUUCUUUCUUCACUCACCUCUCUUUUUCCCUACCACCCCCUUUCCUGCCCCAUCUCCGCACACCUCUCUCCUUUUUCUCCUCUAAUCCUCUCCUUCUAUCUAUCUCCACUCUUUCUUUUUUCCCUCUUUCCCUCAAAUACUUUCAAAUCAUUUUUUUUCUAAGCGUGAAGGUGUGAAAAUAUAGUACACAAAGAAAUAGUAUUAACACCAAAAGCAGCAACAAUAAAGCCAGUUAUCGCUAACCUAGUAAAACCAUGGGAUUUAGCUGUAAAAGCUCCACCAGUAACAUGGUAGAGUGCCAAUCCGGAGUGGAAUUCGGAGUAAUGUGUGAGCUGUUCUACUCUCUGUAGCUGUAAUUCAGUUGAGUAUUUUGGUGAUUGAAUUAGUUGUGAAUUAUAAUUACCCGUGCCUUUUUUGGAAUUCCUUGCUUAGAUGUGUGACAAGUAUUGAUGUCCACAUUAAUUGGUCUUUUCAGUGUUGUCGAAAAUCUGAGACCCUUUUCUCUAUAAUCCACAAACCAAAAUGACAAGUGGUUGAGUGAAGUGGUUUCCUAAUCCGAAUGCCUCUAAUUCCCUGUUUACCUACUACAUUAAGAGGUUUAUUCACUAAACAGCAAAAUGAAGACAUUUUAUAACAGAAUUGUAAAAUUUUGUCUAAAUUGCCAAAUUGCUGUGACUAUUGCUGAAUUGGGAGACAUUUCCCAACUUAGCAUUGACCAAGAUACAUUGAUCAAUGUUAUGGAUCAUUUAUACUAAAAUCACAACCACUAGUAUGUUUUAUAGUAAAACUGCAGAUCUUUAAAAAAAAAAAAAAAAAAAUCAAUGGGUUAAACGUCGAGUUGGAAAAACAUCAUCACCUCAACAAGAGUUUUAACUAUCCACAGUGAGCUUUAUUUUUUUAAAUUUUUUUUUAAACACUUCAUUUUUAACCACAACUCAUUUAAACUCACACAAUAUCAAGUUAAAAAAAUAUUAACAUUGCUUAUAAUAACCAUAACGAAAGACCUGCAAAGCAACGCUAUUAGACUUAGACUGUACUCCAGUUAUUAAAGCGCCAACAUAAUCUGGAGUAAGGUACAAGUUUACAAUGAUAAAGAAUGCGUGUAACACCUAUAAAGAAUUGUAACAAUUGACAUUUCGCAAACAAUGACAUUUACUGUGAAGCUCAAGGAUUGUAAUAGUCUUACUCAAAUUACUGUAGCGCCAACAUAAUGUGGAGCGAUGUCGAUAUUUCACAAGUGAAAAUGAUCAAUAAUGCAUGCAAUCAUGGAUGUAAUGAAUGCUAGCAAUAUUUAAAAAUAAGAGAAACUGUCAAAUUAGUGUCAUAAUUAUUUAGGUUUAUUUUCCUAAGAGAAACACGUUGCUAUAUAAUGUCUCACUAUAUAAUAUGUGCAAUAUAUCCCUGUAACUGGGAGAUUGUAACCUGGAUAUAUCACUCACACAGUAACGUGAGUCUAGAUUUCAUAUCCAUAUUUCAGAGAAAUUUAUUACAUCACUGAAAAAGGAUUGUUUUUUUUUUAAAGGUAAUCGAUUUGCCACGUCUACAUGUAUUUAUUAACUGUUCCUGAGCCCCUCUGUUUAUUUACUUACACUCUCCAAGACACUGUAAUAUGUAGUUAGCCUGUACAUCAUAUCUUGGAGUCAGAAUUUGACCUUUUACUUAACAGGGGCAUUUGGAAAAUUCGAUUUUCUGUAUCCGUAAAUUAGAUCUGAGUGUCUCUCUGGGAAAAUAUUAAUUUAUGGAUUUCUGGUUAAAUAUGUAUUACAGUAACACUUAUUCACAUGCUAAACGUGGUAACACAUUAUACAAAAUGUACAUCAUUGUUUCUCAGCUGUAGAACUCUUAAGGACAAAAGUAUUGCAACAAUGCCUACAUUUAAAACAAAAAUCCAUUAAAUGUUGCAUUUUUUUUUUCAUACUGCUUUGUAUUGUUAGAAUUUCACAAACAAAAUACACUGAAUAUAAGAAUUUCAACAUUUAAGUCUACAACGAUCAUUGUGAGGUGAUCUGUAAAUACAUGUUUAGAUUUUUAUAUUACAAGUCCUGCAUCUCAGCAUAGUAUUGAUAAAAUGAGCACAGCAGGAAAUGAUUGUUUAGAGAUAUUAUUAAUAUUAUUUAAUGAUUAUAGCGCCAACAGUUUUAGUAGCGAUGCAUAUAUUGGAAUGAGUUUUAUGACACAUGAUUCACUUUUUGUAUUUCUCUCCAGCUAUGUGUACCAUAGUUCAAAGUGGAUGGUAGCUGGCAAUGCAGAUUCCCCGGUACCCCCACGUGUGUACAUCCACCCAGACUCCCCUGCGUCAGGAGAGACCUGGAUGAGGCAAGUGAUCAGCUUUGACAAGUUGAAACUUACUAACAACGAGCUGGACGACCAAGGCCACGUAAGUAUCCCAGUUAGAUAAUGGAAUCAAAAGGCAAUUUGUGUUUCCUAUCUGCAUUGUCUUCAUUGACUUACAUGAUGAUGGUAAAGAUUGUGUGUGGGGUUUUUUUUUUUAAUCGGGGAUAUUCACUAAUGAGUGAAUUGUCAGAAAUUCAAGGUCAAUGUUAGAUUUCAGGCAAAAUAGUUAACCUGAAAAAAUGCAUAAUUUGAAAUAGCCAGCGAUUUUGGCCUACGAUUGAAAAACCUCGACCUCAGCUAUACAGCUUAGAUAUGUUAGCUCACAUUUUUAAAAUCAGAUAGAGAUGGGUAUAUUCACUAAACAAAACAUUCCAAGGAAUUGAAAGCUGUAUUGCAAAAUUUAGGUGAAAAGUGAUUAUUUGAAAAAAUACUUCAAAUCUGUUAUAGCUACAGCUGGUCAAUAUUAGCCCCAAAAUAGCAAAUUAAUUUUUAGUUCAGGACAAUUCUUGUUUGAGUGAAUAAACCAUAGAAUCUCCUUUCUGAAACACUGCAAAUACCAGGGAGACAUAAUUUACUAUAAGGAUUUAUUCACUAAACAGUAGUUUGUUAUUGUAGUGAUUUAAAAUGGAACUGCAAAAUUUAGGUCAAAAUUGCAGAGUUGUGAAAAUUCUUCAUCUCAGCUAGAGGCAAAGCCUGGAUUUGAAAUACCAGAUUUGGAAACAACAUCUGCAGCCAAAUGGAAUUAUAUGUCAUACCAGCUAUUUUUGGCAUACUAUUUGCUAUAUGGUGGUUAAAUAACACAGUCAGUUUUUAGUAAAGAUACUCAGAUAUUUUAUUUUUGCAGAUCUGUAGUUUCUCUAUAAAUGAAAUUAAAAUUGUAGCAGCAAUAUAUUCUCACCCCACCCACAAAAUUCCUUUUACAAGAGCCAGGAUUUCUACAAAAAUGACUCUGGGGAAUUAAGUAAUAUUUUUACAGUCGUCACCGGGAUUAAUUUUUAGAAUAUCAAAUAACUAUAAGAUCUAUUUGCACAAUCGUAUUUUGCAAAGAAAAAAAUUCAUUUUCAUUUAAAAAAAAUAUUAGGAAUAAAAUUCAAAGCAGUUCAUCUAGCCUUUUUAAACCGUGUUCUUAUCUAUUGCUUUAGUAGUUGUUGUUAUUAUUAUUAUUAUUAUUACUAUACUUUAGUAAAAAAAAGGGCCAACACAUUUCGCACAAGUACAAUUGGUACAAGUAUAACAAGAAAAAGUACAAAACAAACAAGACAAUAGAAAAUUUGACAAACCAAUAUGAUGAGCUGAGAGCCCCUUUCCUGAGAGAACUUACAAUCUUGUAAUGCCAAAACAUCCAUACAAAUAUAGCCCUCCUGUCUUUAUCCAUGGAAACAUGGUGCACAAUUCUUUACAUUAUGCUUCUGGAUACAUUUACUGUUCACCGUUCCUUUUUCUUAUCUUUUGUACUGAAAUAGUUCACCCAUCGUCUAUUCUCCCUCACCUGUUCAAUUUACAGUCUCAUUGAAGUUUUCAAUUGUGCUACUACUAAUGUGAUUGAAUUAACUCGUGUAUACUGAUUUACUGUAAUUUGUGAAUCGUUUUUGCAGUUCUUUCGAAUUCUUGUGGAAAUGUGUUAAAACGUCCAUAAAAAAAUUGAGUUUACUAAAUUAUUAACAUAAAUAAGAUAUAAUCAGGCAUAAUAUUUUAUUUUCAUAUUUAGCAUCUAAUUUGACAAUUUUAUUGUAUUCAUUUUAUUCUAUUUCAUGUACUAAAAUAAUUAGCACAUUUGUUACCAAAUUUCCCACACUGAUAUAACUCUUUUUGCUGGUGCACUGCGACCGUACUGUAGUUUUGUACUGCUGUGUGUUGCUGCUACAUUUUUCAAAACAUUAUUAAAUUACCUAGUUUAUAUUGUUACUAUUACUCUACCUGUGUUUUAAUGACUUGCUAUGUGUUAAACCUUUUGACAUAUUAAAUUGUUGUGUUUAUUUUAAUAUCCCAAUUAGUUGAAAUGUCUACUUGCACAUCACAAGGUGUGGAUUUAAUAAACAAUGUGAUUUUGGCAAAUAACUUAUAAAAUCUAGGCUGAACAGCAAAGCUGGAUAAUUUGUUUUCCCAGCUCUGUUAUUUUAUCAAAGAUACGGAAAUCUUAAUAGAUACUUGGAAUAUGGCUGCAAGUUCCUUCAUGUGUAUAUAGGAUGUAGUCAUGAGUUGUGAUUACGUGAUGAAUUGUGAGAACACUUAUGUGAUGAUGGAGGUCCAAAGUGUUGAUAUCUUGGAUGUGAGCAUGAUUAGAGGAUAUGUCUUUAAGGGCAAAUAAGGAAAAAAGGGUUAAUGGAGGGAGAGAUUUGCAACUGGUAUGAAGGAUGUUGUUAUGGGACCUUUGGUUUAAGUAGGUUUUACAGCCCCUCCCACACCUGCUGGCAUUUUAAAUGAGUAAUGGAUAUCCGAACUGGUGUUUUUAAUUAGAGCUUAAAUCCCCAACAACAUCUGCAGGCAUUGCCAUGUACAAUGUGCACUAGGCGUUUGCAGUUUAGCCAAUGCAUUGUACAUGAAACAUCCAAUCUGUAAAUUUUCCAUGUUUCUAUCUUAUAUACUUGCAAACUCUUCUACUGCAUUUUACUUUACCACUGCAGCUUGAAAUCUAUUCCAUAUUCCAUGUCACUAUUAGCAUCUUAGACUACAUUUUUACAAGAUUUUUUUUACAUAUCACUUGCCUUAAUGUGUACUCUAGGAGUUAUUACUAACCUGUAGUGGAAUAUAUUUCUCUGCCAGAAGUCUCUAGUUACUAAUUUAAUGCUUUGCAACUGUGCUGAAAAUGUCCCCUUACCCCCUGCUUCCAAACAGUAAAGAAAGUUUGAGUGGGUCUUACAAUUCCUACAGUCAGGGUGGGGGAAGGAUUGAAUAGGCUCUACUUUUUACUUUUGCAUUAGCAUUCCAGCGAGUUAUUAAGGUGUCAAAAACACUUUUAAAUACCAUUAUUUAGGGGGAUUUUACUGUAUUUACUAAAAUGCUAAAUAUUCUUUAUACAUUUUAUUUACAUUUUCAGUAAGAUGAACUUCUAGUAAUGUCAUCAGGGUCCUUAUAAAUACAUAUAAGCAGGCAGAAUUAUUUUUAUCUAUUUUGUCACACAUACUGUAUGUGAGAAUUUUUUUUUCUAUUUCACACAAUUUCAGGGCUGCGUGAAAGAUUGCAGGAAAAAUGAUACUACUCAAUAAAUACUAUAAAGCAAGCAUGUCAAAUUCGAAUAUCUUUGCGGCCCAGUGAGCUGCAAGUUUGAAAUGUUAAGGCAGAGUAGGCAUCUGCUCUCCCCACAUUGCAGGUGCCUACUCUGCUAAAAUUUACGCGGCCGGAGGGAGAGGUUACUGGCGGCAGCGAAGGAGCUCAGUCUUCCUGCUCCCCACUGUUCCCUCUCACGCGCCCUCUGUAGUGAUGCUGGGUGCCGGAAUAUUACGUCAUUCUGGCCCGGUAUCACUAUACUGUGCGUGUGAGGGAGCAGUGAGGAGCAGGAAGGGAGACCCCUGGGAGAGGCCCCACAUCAGCUCCCAAAGGUAGGUGGCAAUAAAUAAAAUGAUUUGUGAGUGUUUGCAUGCAUAUUUCAGUGUGUGUGUGUUGUCUGUCAGUGUGUCUGUUUGUCAGUGUGUGUGUGUGUGUGUGUAGAGGCGAUGACUGGGGUUUAUAAGGUCUUUUAGCCCCUAGAGAACCUGACACACCUAUACAUGGGUGGUAUCACUGUACUUAGGAGAUGUUGCUGAACACAUAUUGGGGUGUUCUUUGGCAGUAAUCCUUAAAGUUCUCAGUCCAUAUAUUCUUAAAUUGCUAUGUGUGUCAAAAAAAAAUCACAAAUUAUUAUUUUUAUUUUAAAUUUGGCAUAGAUUGGAGGUAAAAUGGUUGAAUGAAAAGAGUGAAAAUACCCCAAGUUUAAUACCUUAGGUUGUCUUUUUAAAAAAUAAAAAUAAAAUAUAUAUAUACAUGUGAAGGGUUAUUCAGGGAUUCCUGGCAGAUAUCAGUGUUACAAUGUAACUUGCGUUAAAUUUGAAAAAAAAAAAAAUGGUUUGGAAAUAGCAAAGGGCUACUUGUACUUAUAUCCCUAUAACUUUCCAAAAAAGCUAAGAACAUGUUAACAUUGGGUAUUUCUAAACUCAGGACAAAAUUUAGAAACUAUUUAUCAUGGUGUUUUUUGGUGGUUGUAGAUGCGUAACAGAUGUGGGAAUCAAAGUUAAAAAAAAGUGUGUUUUUUACAUUCUUUCAUCAUAUCUUAUAAUUUUUUUAUAGUAAAUUGUAUGACAUGAUGAAAACAAUGAUAUCUUUAGAAAGACCAUUUAACGGCAAGAAAAACUGUAUAUUAUAUGUGUGGGUACAGUAAAUGAGUAAGAGGAAAAUUACAGCCAAACACAAACACUGCAUGAAAUGUAAAAACAGCCCUGGUACCAAACGGUAAGAAAAUUGAAAAGCGGUCUGGUCACUAAGGGGUUAAAGAUUAAAGAAACUCUAAUCUAAUGGGUAAAUGACACAUUCAUUAAAGGAACAGUAUAUGGUCAGGAAUACAAACAUGUAUUCCUGACACUAUAGUGGCUGGAGUGACUAUUUUGGGCUCAGGCCACCUUUAACGUAGAUCUCACCAUGGCUGGCCUCGCCUCCAUGAGAGAGAAACUGGGAGACACGGUAGAUUUCUUAGAGCUCUGCCCACAGCAUUACUAAAGUACUAUGUAAAUGUGAAAACUUUUAGCAAAUGUAUAGUUGGCAACAUUUGGAAUUUUUAAAUUUCAAUGUUCUUAGCAGUUAAUGUUCGGUAUCAUUGCAUUUACAAGCCUUAUAUUUCAUUUCCUUACACACUCGUGAAUGAGAAUUAAAAGUUUGUUCUACAAUCAUCAGUUUCAGAUCAAUAAAUCUAUUUAAAAUAAAUGUAACACUUAUAAUUGACAUAUAUGUAUUCAGGAGAGUUGUAGGUGGCAUUACACAUGUAUUGUCCUAAGCCCCUCCUCAAACAUGAUCCUAUCUCAAAUCAUAUGUGUAUAUAUAUAUAUAUAUAUAUAUCUCCUGAUCUCUCCCUGUCCCUCUUGACUAGUGUCUCUGACUGCCUCUCUGCUAUUUCCAACUGGAUGGCUGCCCACUUCCUUAAACUCAACUUGACCAAAACUGAAAUUCUGGUCUUUCCUCCCUCAAGUGUUGCUACUCCUGUGUCUUUCUCCCUCCAAGUGAAUGGUGCUACCAUCAGCUCCAUCAUGCAGGCUCAAUGCCGGAGUCUCUUUGACUCCGACCUCUCCAUCACGCCUCAUGUUCAGUCUAAAAUAUUGUGCGCGUCCGACCCUACUUAACGCCAAAUGCGACUAAGGUGCUGGUCCAUUCCACUGUCCUUUCCCGCCUUGACUACUGUAAUCCGCUUCUCAGUGGUCUUACAUGCUCCCAACUUGUGCUGUUACAGUCCAUAAUGAAUGCGGAGGCGAGGCUCAUCUUCCUCUCCGCCCUCACAUCCCACACCUCACCCUUCUGUCAGUCACUACAUUGGCUUCCUGUAAAUUCUGGUUCUUGCUUUCAGAUCUCUAGAUAAUGCUGCUCCCACCUAUCUAUCCUCCCUAAUACACAAGUAUGUCCCAUCUGGGCCCUUACACUCUGCUGAAGACUUAUGUCUAUCUUCUGUCUGUACUCCCACCUCUGAUGCUAGCCUUCAAGACUUCUCAAGGGGUGCACCGUUCUUGUGGAACUCACUUCCCUCCUCUGUUAGAUGCUCACCCAGUCUCCACUCCUUCAAAAAAUCAUUAAAAACCCACUUCUUCAUAAAAUCAUAUCAAUUAAACUGUUAAUAGCUCCCGACUGAUUCCUCUCUUGCAACUGUCAUUAGUCUAAUACUAUCCUUACCUUUUGUGUCACUUUACCCCACUCCCUCUAACAUGUAUGUAUAUAUGUAGUGCUGGGGAGCAUUGAGAAAACUGGCCUUGGUGCAGGAAAGAGGUUAAAUCCGAUCUGAGAAUAUUUGUGAAUAUAUAUGCAGAGUAUCCAUGUUAUGAGAGAUGGCAUGAUAUCCAAAAAGUUAAGGCCAGGACAUACUGUUAGAAAAUUAUAUUAUAUGUAACAUACAAAAUCCAGGGCAUUCACUCACUAAACAGCAAUUUCAAAGCUCAAUAUUUUUUUUUCUAAAAACACCUAACCAAGGCAAAAAUAAUGGAGGUUAGUUACACUAUUUUUAUAUAUAUAAAAGCAUACUAGUCCUCAUCAAAUUUAUGGGGAAAAAAACAAUCAUGUGGUAGGUCCGAAAAGUAAAGUUGCAAAACAUCUGAAAAAAGAAUAUAUAUAUAUAUAUAUAUAUAUAUAUAUAUAUAUAUAUAUAUAUAUAUAUAUAUAUAUAAAGAGAUAAACCUUGGCACUCACCCUAUAUUGAAGAUAUAAUGAAUACAGCCUGGGUGCAAACCUUGGCGUUGAGUAUAUACAAAAAUAUUUAUUUUACAUGCAAAAAUACAUGUGUGCAAAAAUCCAGUAAAUCGACGUUUCGACCCCAUCUUGAAAAAGACCCUUUAGGGGUCGAAACGUCGAUUUACUGGAUUUUUGCACACAUGUAUUUUUGCAUGUAAAAUAAAUAGAACCACAUUUGAAGACCUGUGAGUGCACUUUUUUGUAUAUAUAUAUAUAUAUAUAUAUAUAUAUAUAUAUAAUUUAAAAAAAAAAUUGAAUACAGUUACCAUGGGUCAACAAUAUAUUUAUUAGUUAACAACAGAAGUUUAAAUACCCCCACAAAAAUUAUAUGUAGUUUAAUAUUAUAAUUCAGUUUUAAUUUUAAUUUAGUUGCUACAAGUUGUAAUUAUAGUUUCAGAAACAGUGUUGACGGUUCCUAUUUUAUUAGUUUGGUGGAGUGUAAGUAUAGAAUAGAACUGUAUGAGAUCACUUCACUUAGAUUAGCAUUAUAAUUAGUUCUGAAACAGAGAAGUUUUAUUGGUUGACACCUUCUGAAAAAUUCUAUAGAGUUGAGUGAAGAGUUAGCGCUAACAGGAAAGAAUGAUUCAAACUGUUUUUUAGAUGCCUGUCAUGUAGUUUUGUAUAUGCUAUCAUCAUAAUUGGUGGCUUGGUGGUUCCUCUCAAUACAUUUUUGUAACAUGUUCAUAAUUGGAAACAAGUGCCUUUUUCUCUCUGUUACUGAGUGAAGACCCUAUGUUGUUUUCCUGAAAACAUAAGAAAAGGCAAAAAGCACCAAUGAACUAUAGAAACAGUUAAUAUGCAACGUCUAUCGCAGUGUGUUCUUAAUUCUUCAUGCCUUCGACCGCAAAUUUGAAGUGAUCAGCUUUAAAAUAAGUAAGUUCUAUCUUUUUGAAGUUUCACAAUGAAAUGCAAGCCACAACUUAAAACAUAGUUUUUAUGGCCUCUCAACUGUGAAUAAUUAAGAUCAGAGAAAAAUUCCAAAGAAAAUAAUUGGAGAAUAAAUGUGAAAUUAAUUUAAUCCUAAUGUACUGCAUUGAGACACCUAUUUUACACAGCUCUGUGUGCAAGGCCUUUGAGAAAUAAAUUGUUAGCGUGAAGGGAAAAGCUGUUUUGUAUCUCUUGUUAAAGAACAGAUUUAUUGCAAUUCUUUUCAGAUUAUCCUUCACUCAAUGCAUAAAUACCAGCCACGUGUCCAUGUCAUACGAAAAGAUUGUGGUGAUGAACUUUCGCCAGUGAAGCCAAUUCCUUCAGGAGAAGGGGAGAAGGCAUUCUCAUUUCCAGAGACCAUAUUUACUACUGUUACAGCAUAUCAAAAUCAACAGGUAUUAUACACAACUGCCUAAAAAAUAGCAUACUAUCCACGAGUCCCUCAAAUUUUUUGGGGAAAAAAAGAGUAACUUUGUAGGUUAGAAAAGUAAAUGUUGCAAGGCACUAUUAAAUUGAAGUUAAAAUCUAAAAACAAAUAUCACCUUUCACUUAUCAUUAACUCAAAUUCCCAGAGUAUACAGAGAAAAGCUGACAUCAAAUUAUACCAAUUGCUUUUAAUGAGAUCACUAUGCAUUCCCUUUAAGCCUCAGCACAGCAUGGCAUCUACAUAUUAACUAUGGAGUUGAGCAUAUGUGAUAACAUUCAUUCUUGAAAUGAACACAUGAAUGAAAUGAUUCUGCAAGAUAGUUGUAGCUGCCUUGAAACUUACUAAGUAGCUUCAUUCAUGUUUAUCAAUGGCAUUAGACAUUCCCCUGGUACUCUGGUGAAGUGAGUUAUAUAAUUAAGAUACGAGGAAGUAGGAAAUCCUUUGAUACUCAAUUUAACGGGAAGGUAUGAUGCACUUUCUUGGCCUAGGGAACUGGUUAAGUAUAGUCUAUUCUUUUUUUUUUUUUUAAGGGGGGUUCUAUGCAACUUGAAACACAAUUUGAAUGAUUACUUUUGGUGUUUUGUUGAUUACCAACUUUCUACAUGUUAGCAAUCUGGACUGUUUACAAACCUAAAGAUUUCAGUGUAAGUGAUUAUGCAACUUAGAGCUUUGACAUCAUAUUUUGCUUUACUUUAAUUUAUUCCACAAAAACAAUUGUUUGACACAAUGUGACAUAAAUGAUUGUUAAAAUGACAAAUUAAAAGUAUAUGUUUUGCAGAGUCUGGCACUGAUAAUGUUUUCUUACAAAAAUAUUGUUCUUCAAAAUAGGUAAUCAUGUUUAUGAAAAAAAAUGUUUUUCUUAAUAUCUUUUUUACUAGAUAACAAGAUUAAAGAUUGACAGAAAUCCAUUUGCAAAAGGAUUUAGAGAUUCAGGACGUAAUAGGUUAGUGAUGUUUUUUUUUUUUUAUCUGUUGGAAAAUACUGAAAGUGUUGAUGUAAUAUCAGAUUCUGGCUAACCUGUCAAUUCCCAAGAAGCAAAUUAUAGUGAGUUGAAAACUAACUCACUCGUGUAAUUGAACUAAUUGAACUGAAAAAGUGAAGAUUUUGCCAUCCAUGCAUCCAAGACUUUUGAACGUCUAAACGAUGCUGGACGUCCUCACGUUGUGCGUGACGACCUCCAGUGCUUUCCUAUGGGGAGAUUGUAAUGAGAGCACGGCCAUUGCUGUAGUGGAGCCUGACCCAGCGCCGAGGGGUUUUAACCCCUUCUGCGAAGUCGGAAGAAGGACGGGAGGGAGUGGGGCACUCCAGGAUUCUACAGUGCCAGGAAAAUGGCUUUGUUUUCCUGGCACUAGAGAAUCCCUUUAAGUAGCAAUUAUGCAAAAGGCAUGGUACACCCCUGAAUGAGGUGUCAGAUGCGUGUUCUCUAAUGCAUUUUAUUGACCCCACUCAGCCAUAAAGGCUUCUUUAUUCAUUAAAGUAUUAACCCUUUCUAUAGCUUAAGUGACCAAAAACUCCCAUCUUCAUUUUUAGCUUUCUCACCGAAAUAGUGGCCACAAUGACCAAAUCAAAUUUCAUAAAGCAUUAAGACAAUACAAAAAUAAAGUUAUUGAUCCAGUAGAAUAUCUUUUUGUAUUCAUAUUUGUAUGUGACUAAUUCACUUUAAAUUAUUCUUGUCACAACAUCCACACAGCAAAUUGACACACGCCAAUAUAUAUGAAAGUAAAUCAGGAGUAAGAAAUGGCAUGGUUAGGUGUUAUUUACACAAGGAGGAUUUUUUUUCUUAUUUUUUUUUCUGCUUUUAUGGCUUCAAUCACUGAAAAAGAGUUUAUUCAUUUACAAAAAGGAAAUUUUUUUUUCUGUAACGUCUCACAUGUGUUUGAUCUAUAUAAAAAGGUGGCAGGCUAAAAUCUGGUUUGGUUUAAGAGGUGAUUUAAUCUUGGCUCAGAAUUAGUCUACUUACUUCUAAGACAUGGGGUCCCAGCUUUAACAGUCUGUAGACUACAAGGAAAUUAGGCUGAAAAUAACAUUAAUUCCUGCAAACUAACUGCUAUACAUAAAUUAUAUUGGAAAAUUAAAAAACGCAGCUAUUUGAAGGUAUUACAUAUUUAUGAGAGACCUUUACUGAACAAUAUAUAUAUGUGUAUAUAUAUAUAUAUAUAUAUAUAUAUAUAUAUAUAUACAAACGAAUAUUCUAGAUAUAGAUCUUUUGUAAAUAUGUACAUUUAUUUCCCCUUACUCUUUAUAACCUCUAACAUAUUAUUUUAUCCUCUUCUCAUUAAGCCAUGACCUGUUGAAAAUUAAUAACCAGUCUGGUUAACACACAGAUUGCUAAUCAGGUUUAAUAUUUUGACUAUUAGUAUUUUUUUUAACUUCAGAUGGAAAAAUAACAAAAGUUUGUUGUUGUAAUAUAAUGUUCUCAAUUUAACGAGCAUUCCAAAUGAUUCAAUACUGUUAGUAAAAAUUUCCAAAUGAUUUAUCUACAAAAAUUCCCAUAGAAUUUAAUAGUGACUUCUGUAAGUUAAUAAUUUGGACUUUUUUUCUAAAUGUAGUGAAUCAUUUGGAAAGCUUAUUAAAUCAAGGCCAGUGUUUAGUAAACAUAAGAUCAUACAGUAAUACUGAGUUACCACACACACACACACACACACACACACACACACAGUGUGUCCGUAAAGUAUCUAACCAUGUAAUAUGAAAAAUAGAGACAUUUAUUAAAGAAGAUACAAGAAACAUUGUGCAUAUGACAAUAAUGCCUCAGUCCCCUUCAAAGUAGACAAAGUAGACACUUUGGGACCUCACACAGUUCUCUCAGUGUCUCAUUUAUACCUGAAUUUUACCAACAGUGUAAAAUCUCUUCCCUUUCAAAGGUGAUUUUAGUUUUGGGAAAAGACAGAAGUCACAGACCAUCUUUGAAGCAUUUGUGCCACACUUUUAUUUGUGCUGCACUCAUUGCAUCGUCCCUUCUGAAUCAUCCAAAUAGUUUCCACGGAGGAAUGUUCAAGCUUAACGCAAAAUUUGAUGUAGAUUCAUUGCUCUAUUCGCUCACUCAUUUUGAAUUGGACAGCCACACAUUACACAUGCUCACUCAAUGGCGUCUAGCACCCCCACUGACUAGUACAGUGAAGUUGUCAUUCACACAUGCACAUUCCAGUCCACUCUCCUUGGCUGCCAGGUUACAUUGAUGUUGUGCAAACCGUUCUCGAUAUAUUAACAAUGGCUGGCCUUUUUCCAAACAGACCUUAAAUAUAUUUAUUUAUUAUUUAUUUAUAAAAUAUUUUACCAAGAAGGAUACAUUAAGAUUUCUCUUGUUUUCAAUUAUUUCUGACACAAGAAUCUCUUGUGUACUUGCCCAUCCUAGGAUGUGGUGUCUUGCCAUGGAUCAAUUCAUACCAAGAGACAUACUUUGUAAUUAGAACACUAUUUUUCACUAUUGACCUACAGUUUCUUGCUUGCGAUUAUGUGAAUGAAUAUUCUCAUAUUUAUUUUAAAUUCACUUAAUAUUUAUGUUUAUUAAUAGUUCAAACAAAUAAAAUAAAUGUGUCCUUCUUUCUAUUACCCUUUCAAUUCCACAACAGCAAUCAAAAGGGCUUGCCAUCACUUCAAUUUUUUUCAAUUGCCAGAAACGCAGUUACUCUAAUUUAUUUAUAGGUUUUACUAAAUGUGAAUUGAAUUAUUUUCUAGUACUGCAAAAUUAUUUUUCAAAUGUUGCAUUAAUGUGGUGCUUCCCUAAUUGAAUUUAGAUCAAUAAAUUAAACAUUGUUAUCCUCAUUGUAUUAUUUGAGAAGUAUUAUGAAUAUAUAAAAUGCAAACAUUACAAUUUUAAAAUACUGAUGGUUAAAAGGGCAUUUUUUUUAGCAUGCUAACCACUACAGUGGUUGUGGUACCUGCAUGCUCCUGGUGCUCUCAAACCUUUUUUGAAUGGAUUAACACAAACAAAGGGUUUCUUGAUUAUUGCAGCAUGGCCCUUGCUAUUAAUCUGUCACCUGACAUAUUCAGCCAAUGAAUGCAGUCCAAACUAGGACAAAAUAGUAUGAAAGGGAUGGUGCUAAAGGCAUGUUUUACCAUAUACAAUACAAUGGCUGUAGUAGUUAUGGUGCUUAGAGUACCCCUUUAAAAUUUCCAAGAUACCAUUUUUUUCCCGUGAUCUUUAGUAUUCACCAUAUUUACUCGAGGCAUUGUAUUAAGAGAUCUGUUUAUCUACCACGUCUUUCUGCACAUUCAUCAUACAACCCCAUAUAACAUUGCAAAGUUUAUUUAAUGGGAAUCAGCAGCUUAAGCUGCCUAAAUAUAUCCUGUAAAAAAUUAGUAAAGUGAAAGCAAAUGUAUGCCUUGAGAAUAAAGUUCCUUUCUUUUGCUAAUCUUUGACUUUGACCCUAUAAAAUGUUAAACCAUGAAGGCCAAACAAUUUCUGCCCUUUAAAUAAUUGUAGGCAUUUUCCUAAAUAAAUGUAACCACUUGAUUGUUUAAAUUAAACGGUAAUAAAAUGUUGAAAUUGUUCGAAGGCAUGUUGUAUAAAUUAUCGCUGCAGCUAUACUUCUCCAGGAGGUACCUUUUAUCUCCUCUUUAACGAGAAGUGAAAAGUCUGGGUUACUAAACAAAAAAAACAAAAAAACAACAAAAAAUAAAAAAAACAUUUUGUUGCCCAGCUUCAGCUAAUAAAUACUUUAUAGCGGUUGCCUGUACAAUAUCUGGAAUUUCUAAGAAAGCUUGAUAUAAAAACUGUUUGAUAGUUAUAAUACUGCUCUAAACCUGGCAUUAAGUAAAAACAAAUCGCAUACAAUAAAAUUGUUUUAGAAGUUUAUUAUGAUCAAAAUUCUUUUUUUCUGUUUAGGGACCACUCAAACAAAAUGUCUUACUUUUACAACUUUAUCAGGACAGAUAAUAACUUGUAACAUUCUGCAAAUCUUUGACUUAGUCAUUACUUUUUAGUGCUGAAGAGAUUUGCUACGGCUCUAAAAUGUAUAAUGGGUAGUGUGUGGUAUAAAUUACAGAUCUUUUGUUUCUUUUACCAUUUUGUUUUACAUUAUAUACAUAUAUACUAUAUAUAUAUUUAUACAUAUAUAUGUGUGUGUAUGUGUAUUAAUAUACUUGUAAUAAUAUACUUGCAUGAAAUAUUUGAAAUAUUUCUAAAUCUGUUUUACAUCUUUUUCUUUCUUAAAAGGAUGGGAUUGGAAGCUCUGGUUGAGUCGUAUGCCUUUUGGAGACCAUCGCUUAGGACUCUCACAUUUGAAGAUAUACCGGGAAUCCCAAAACAAGGUACAACAUGAAAUGACAGCUUAUCACAUAUAAGGUUGCAUAUUAUUUUAAUAAAAGGAUACAGAAUGAUCAGUUGCUAGCCAACAGAUGUGAAUAUACAUAAAACAGGAACCCCAUAGCAAUAAUAACAACUUGGUAACUCUACAAUUUUGCCAGAAGACCGAGCAGUCACUGUGAGGCACUGUGUAUAUCGAAAUAAUAAUUGCGAAAUAAACAUACUUACUAUGUAUUUAAAAUAUCUGUUUUUGUUUAAAAAUAGUUGUUCACUUUGAUAUAGGUUUAUGCAAUUUGGGAAAUCAGUUUAGUGGUUACAAUUAUCACUCAGUAGUCUUGGGUUAUAGUGUGUUCAGUUCAUUGGGAAAGCCUGGAACAUUUUAGAGCUAUAAUCCUUUGUUUUACACAUAUUUCCUAUUAAUACAUUUAUUUUGUAGGUGGUCCUGGAACGUCUUCCUUACUAUCAGGAUCUGGAACUAAUCAUCCUCAUCUUCUGCCUGGUUCACCUUGCUCCUCUCCUGCCUUCCACCUGAGUGCGAACACCAGUCAACUCUGUGGACUUUCUCCAGCAGAUUAUUCAUCUUGUGGGCGAUCUGGCCUUGCACUUAACAGAUAUAGCUCUUCAUUAGCUGACACUUACAGCAGACUUACAAACUCUUCAAGUGAAACAUUUGCCACUCCAAGGACCCCUUCAUAUGUUGGGAUGACAACCUCUUCAACAGUUAACAUGUCCAUGGCUGGAAGUGACAGUGAUGCUUUUGGAUGUCCUCAAACAAGUUUAUCAAUGCAACUUUCAGGAAUGUCUCCUCAGCUCCAGUACAUCAUGCCUUCUCCAACAAGUAAUGCGUUUGGUAACAGCCAGACCCACCAAUCACCCUACAACGCAUUUAGACUACACAGCCCUUGUGCUUUGUAUGGAUACAACUUUUCUACAUCUCCAAAACUGGCCUCUAGCCCUGAAAAAAUUGUCUCUUCACAAGGAAGUUUUCUGGGUUCUUCUCCUAGUGGAACUAUGACUGAUCGGCAAAUUCUCCCUGCUGUUGAGAGUGUGCACCUCCUCGGUAGUGCAGGGCAACAAAAUUUCUUUGACUCUAGAAGCCUGGGGAGUUUAACUUUGUCUUCUUCUCAAGUAUCUGCACAUAUGGUUUGAUGGAGUGUGCAUUACAAGCACAUUUUAAUUUUAAAUAACAAACUUUAUUUUCUUAUAUUUUAUGAAAAAUGCACUAAAUGGCUCCUGAUAAUCAAUUUUUCCCAUUUCAGUUGAAUUUCACACAUAUAUGUAAAUGUUUUCAUUCACUAAUAUAAUUAAGGCUAUUCAAAACUGAAUAAGGUGAUUUUCAACAAGAUGGGUAAACCAACUUCUUUGUUCUCACUUAUUUACCGAAAAACUUCGGUAAAAAUAUAUAUAGCAAUGUUUUUUUUCCUCUCUGUUGGAGAGUGGUACAAAAUUUCAUAGCACUGUGGAAAUUAAUAAAUAUAUAUCUGCAAACGCUUUUUACAAAAACUUUUCAUCCUUAUGUCUUUCGGUACUUUGAUGAGGUCUUUAUUGUUCAAUGGCCUUAUUCUGGUAUAAAAUUCCAUAUCAUUAAUAGCAAUUAAAAUAGACUACUUAAAGCAAUGGGUUUUAAGAAUUAUUCCAACAAUUGUUUGUGGCUUUAUUUAGGUUUAGUAAAUACUGUAAAAACAAAACAAAAAACAAGACGAUUAAUCAUAAUAAAACCAAAACUAUUAAAACUAUUAAAAAGAGAACAGAAGAGUACAGAAAACUUUUGGAAAAAUAAGAUGUAGCACCCAUAUCUAUACACAAUACAGUUAAUAAAUAUAUCUAAAUUUUAAUAGAACAUUAUUUAUAGUGAGUUGUGUUGUGUUGGAGAUUGUACUUUUUAUGUUCUUUAACAGAGCUAACUUUGGCUCCUUGGGAACCAAGUAAACUAUUGAAAAAUAUCUAAUUCCGAUACAUUGCAUAGUCAGUAACCAAGUCACCGUAGCUUGCAGCAUAUUGAAUACAAUUAUUUAGAGAAUAAACCUUACUGCACCCGUGAUUUGUAUAGUUUAAUGCUUCACAUCUACUACUUAGCGCCUGUCUUUUUUUCACUCAGUUUUCCCCUCAAAUAAUCAUUAUGCUCUCUCUGUUGUUACUUGCCUUAAUUUAUAUCUAUUAUUUUUUUAUUUCUUAUGCCAAAUCUCAAUAUCUGAGAGCAGCCAUUGUGUUCUCUUCUGUCCACGAUGUCUGCAGUUGGCUCUUCUGUUUGAUAGUUUUUACUGAAAGAUUAUUGGUGAACUUGAUUGGCAUUAAAAAAUACAUAUCUUUAAGCGCUACACUAUUAUCUUGUAUUUUUUUAAUGUUUCUAGAGUGUUUCUGCGGUUGACAUUAAAUAGUGGUUAGCAGCUCAUACAUUUAAGAUAUUCUGACAUAAAUUAUUAUUUUUUAAAUGCCUUUUCUAUAUUUUUAUAUCAAUGAACUUGAUUGGCAGUUGAAACAGAACCUUGCUUUAAGCUCUGCACAUUGUCAAGUUUUGUCAACUUGACUGAUAUACAUAAGAAAAUGUAGUCCCCACUCUUCUUUUAUGUAUUUUACAAAAACUAUAUCACUAAAAAACAUAUAUAUAUAUAUACACAGACACAGGAGCUAUUUGGAAUCAAAUUAUAAAAUGUUUCUAUUUGGUGACAGAGCCACUUUAAGAAGUUUUGAUCUAUAUUGCAUCCAAUAUCACCUGUAUCAAAUCAAAGAAAAAUAAAAAAGAGCUCAUUACACAUCAAACUGUAGCAAAUUGAAACCUAAACUGAAAGUUAAAAAAACAGCUAAGUAGUUACUGUAGUUAAGGUUAAGCAUCUUUAAAAAUAUUUUUUUUGCCUAAACUUUUUUUUUUCCAUAUCACUAAAAUUAGAGAAAAUAUCUUCUGUACAUUAUUCAAGCACUGAAAUAUGUCAUACAAAGAAGAUCAGAGUCCAUGUUUGAUAUUUAGAUAUCCUAUAUGUACCAUCUAGGUUAUGAGUGUUAUUAGCCAUUUAAAUAAAUGCAUACAUAAAAAUAUAAUGUACUUCAUACAAGUGGUGUUUGCUUAAAAUAUAAGUGUGGGGCAUCAUUCUCAUAGCAGAGUAAGGUUUUACUGAAGUACUGAAUAGCAAUUAAUCAAAUGAACUCUGUAUGAAAAGCAAGCAAAAUAAACCCUAAUAGAAUUUUGCCCAUUGUGUUUCCUGACACAUAGUUUUGAACAUGUGCAAAUAUUUGGUAUGUGUAACCAAACAUCGCUUACAUCUGCCAUUACCCAAUUUAGCUGGUAGUGAAUGAAACAAACAAUGCAGUACAUUUGCAUCCAAAGGAAGCGUGUGCUUGUCAAGUGCAAAAUUUUUUUAUGAUUUUUGUCACUGCCAUGCAAUAAAACACACUAAGUAGAUUUUUGGAUUUGAAAGCAUAAUCAUUAGUGCAACUUUUUUGUUUUGUUUGUUUGAUUAUAAUACAUGCCUCCUAAAAGUUGUAAAAUUUAAGAUACCUGUAGCAAUUAAGAACAGUAGGACUAAAUAAUCUAAUAAACUAGUGGUCAAAAGAGCCAUCACAGUGGUGCUUGGAAUGAAAGAAAGAGUUUAUAAUUUAGAUAAAAAAGGGGCACAAGAAAAGAUGCUAUGAACAGAUAACAGCAUCUUAAAGAUAAUGUCAUAAGAUGGCACCAUUAUCUAUGGGCAUAAGAUGCAAUCAAUAUAUUGUACCAGGCAGUACUAGUAAAUAUACAGGAUCUGUACAAUAAUUAGCAAGUUAUGGUGAAUUUUUAAUAACUUAAUGUAAAGGUUUUACUACUUAAACCUCAUCCCUUUUCUCUGUCAAUGUAAAACAUUGCUAUAAUUUCUGAGAAAUAGCAAUGUUUACAUUUGUCAAAGAACACACCUCUGGUGACUGUCAGACUGACAUCGACUACAGGUACUUCCUGUUUAAGAUCUUUGACUUUUAAAGGUAUUUAUAUUUGGGUCAUCACGCACAGCAAAUGCUUCAAGUUCUCAUAGCGUAGCAUUGGAUUCACUUUGUCUCUUUGAGAAGCAUCAGAUUUAUGAACCAUGAGAAGCAUUGGAUUGGCCAGAGAUCUGCUUCCUUGAAGAAUGCACAUAUAUAUAAAAUAUAGGACAAGUUAGCUUUUUCAAAACUCUGCAGAUGUGUUUUAUUUUAAUAUGAACAUUUUAAGAAUGUUCAUCUCCUCAACGCACAAAUUAGCAAACAGAUAGCUCUAGGUUUUUCCUUUGUUUAGGUAUUCGUCUUUACCAUUAUGUAGUGGGCAAAGAAAAAAAAAAUACUCAUAUGACUGUUGUAGUUGAUUUACAUGCAUUGUUUUACUUUCAUAAACCUAAUGCCAACUUUCUGUAAUAUUUAGCAUGCAAGUGUUCAAAUUGCAGUGUCAUUAUGAUAGACACUAAUGAAAACUUCAGUCAAUAAAAUUUAACAUAAACAUUUUCUAGAACCAUAUGUAUUACAUUUACAUUUUUACCUUAAGUAAUACAUUUAUCAAGGAUAGAGAAACUUUAAAAAAAAUGUAUAUGUAAAGUUUCCUGCAUACUUUUUUGGAUGAUUUAAAGAAGACAGAUUUCAACGGUGGUCCUUAUAGUCCUACGCAUCUUAAACCUACUGUAAAAUACUUGUGAACCAUUGUGCUACAAAAACAAAGAUGUUUAUUGUGCUUACAAGAUUUUCAAAUAAUUACAAAGCAAGAAUGAGUAGACUGUCCAGAUCAUCAAGUGAAUUUCUUCCAAAGUCUUCUGUCACUUACGUUCAAUAUGUGAUAUGAUUUUAAGAUGGAAUUCCAUUUUUGGAGUUGUGUACAGUUGUAAUUAUGAUGAUGAGGUUUCUGUUUUAUAAAUAUUUAGAUUUUACUAUCACAUCUUUCUUAAUUGAGUGAUCAUUCAUGUAUAUAAUGCACUUCUCUUGUCACUAACUGUUUCCCAAAAUGGUGCCAUCAAGAACUUUUUUGAAAGAUUAGUUUUUAUAAUGCACUUUUUAAUAACGUGAUUUGUAGUAUUGCACCCUAAAAGGACUUGUUUGCUAAUGAAAAAGAUAUCCAUGCAUAGGAUAAAAUUCUGAGAAACAACUGUGCUUUCAUUUUGACUAUUUAUCCUUUCAGUUAUGCUAACUGUAAAAGACUGUACUUUGAUCUUUAGUUUUUACCUUUGAGUAAAAUAUCUUUUCCAUGAAACUGUAAAUGUCCUAGUAACAUCAAUAAAGUUCAGUAUGGAUGCUGCAAAUUAAAAC